AUGUUCUGCACAUGGGGAUCGUGUCAGAAAGUUGUAGAACCCAAGCGCAUCGUCGAGGCUGAUCAGCAGAUAAUCAAACGUUCUGGGGACGCAAAGCCAUCCUGGAAUGACAUUAAUCUGCACCAUGAAACAUUCCGCCGGAAGUCUCUGCUCGAUAACAGAAAUGUCCGCCUGGUAAAAAUUAAAACUGUGGGGGCAUUUUUAAGUGCUGUGAAAUCGAAAAAAAUAGAUGAAACGAAUGAAACUCAAAAACAGCAUACUAAAGGUGAAAUAGUGGAUCAGGCUGUGGAGGAAUCAAACAGUCAACUCCGGUCUGUGGGGGUCCAGAGGCGAUUUAGCAUGGUAGAUGUGGCCAGCCGGAUUUCUGAAAUGAAGUCCAAGAAAGUUUCAUUUCAUGGCGAUGUUGAUAACACCCAGACAGAGGACAGAAAAUUCCGGAGAAAACCCUCUAUAUUGAAAACACUGGUCCGAAGAGCCACGAUAGGUAGCGUGUUCAGUAAGAAACAGGGUCCUGGAGCAAAAGUCAAGUCUGAUGUGGAGAGGCUGUGGAAGAUCCGUUGUAGUCUGUAUAAAAAAGAAAGAUUCCAUGACGAGGAGAUCUCGUUGUUACGAUCACUGAUUAGCGAGACUCUUGACCUUACUGGGAGACUGCGCAUCAUUGUCAGAGAGAGUGAAGAAUACACAGAUGAUGACGUCGAUACCUACAGCAAAGACAUGAACGGUCUACAGCUCCUGUUCUACAACAUAGUGGAGAUCUGGCAAAAAGUGGCGGGUCCAGAGAGGAAAAAACACAAGGACGAGAUAAUGGCGGACAUUAUGGAGCUGUCGACAGACGUGGCUUCUAUAGUUGGGGAGAUUCUAUUGGUGUUCCUUCAGCGGUUCCAACUGAAUAUCGUCCCCCUACUGAAACCAAUACACGGUCUUUUCUUUGCUCUGGGGCUCCAUGUCAAAUACAACUGUCUGGAUAAGGAGCUUAUAUUGAGUGAUGGUGCCCCUGGCAUAUACUCAGGUUUUUUGGCGGGAGUUCUACAGCUGUUCAGGAGCGCCAAAAUUCUACUCAAGAGACUCAAAUUCGCAGAUGAGACGUCGAUAGGGAAGAAGAAACUAGUGCAGACUAAUAUUGCGUCCUUUGUAAACGAAGCCACGGUGUCACAUGGUCUACACUCACUCUCCGCAGAUGAUUUACGCGACAUGAUGAUGAGAAUCGGAAUCAUUUGCACGGAUGCAUUCUACACAGUUGGGAAAACGAGCGGCACUUUGGAGUACGUUGACCUUGGUGACGGAGUGCACGCGGUGGCACCAUUAAGCAGCCUCGGUUUCAUCUGUCAUGUUGACUUUAUUCAGUGUCCAAUCGAAUCUCGGUCGACAUUGAUGGCGGGGAUUCAGCUGAACGAUGGCCAGCACUACGUAUCGGACUUUUUCCUGGUUAUCGGUAGUCCAUUUCACAGUCUAGAGAAAAUAACUAUACAGUCCCCCAUCCAUCACUCGUCCUUUCCUGCCUCUGCUACAGUCCGAGUCAAAACCAAGACGGGAGACAAAUGGACAGACGUCGAGGGAGAUAUAAUUGCAGGUAAAUGCGAGUUCAAAGCGAGCUACAUGGAGGCAUUUGUUGUGGUAGCGGGUUAUCGCCCUUAUCACAGGGAGAUAACUCCGUCAGGGUUUACCUACAUGUCAGAGGAUGAUUCCAGGAUCAGAAUCAAUUUCCCUCCAAACUGCUUUAGUCGUCCGUGUAUCGUGCAGUUCAGGUUGAUCCAAUUUAACAGGAACAGAAUAUUUUCGUACAAGGAAACCUGUCCAGACUUGUGCAAAUAUGUCACCUGUAUUUCUGACGUAAUUUUCAUAAAACACGAUGAUGACGUCACAAUCAACGAACCUGCUCUUGUACACAUGCCGAUUAUUAACGAUAUCGAUGAUUACGACACGGAAUUAGUUGUGUUCCGGAAGCGGGCGAAUGGCGAGGUGGAACUCAUUCCACGCCCCAGCGCCAUGCGUUGCGAAUCUACAGGAAAUUGUUACACUUUCCAAAUCGACCGAUUUUGUGGACUGGCACUUGGAAAGGCAAACAAGAGACAGAUGAAGAAAAAUCGCCGAGCUAUCAUUGACGAGUUUAAUCUGUAUUACGAGACGGAACAUAUUUGUUCUGUAUUGACCCUAAUGGAUAGACCAGCUCUUCAAAAUGGAGUGAUAAAAUUGUGGACGGAGGUGGUUGAAAAGAGAUUCUUGAAAAGAAUUUUGCGCAUGCGCAUGAAAGAUGGUCUUUUUGAAAUUCCUGGAAGCAAAUCUCCAGAUAUUCGCUUAAAAGAUUAUGACGUAGUGCGUAUAGAUUUAGACGGGAAUAUUGGGAGAAUACGCGACAUUUCACUUGAUCAUUACUUUAUUUCAUAUCUUAGUAGUUCAAACCAAAACUACCGAUCGUUUCCGAUUGAACCUAGACGGGAUCCUCGAGGAAGACACAUUGGUAUCAUAAACUACUUUCGGGAAUCGGGACAUGAAGAUGUGUGUAUUCAUCAAGUGUCCAUGGAUACCGAGCGGUUCCUGGUAAACGGGCCACGCUUGCCUACCUCUCAUGCAGACGCCAAGCCAUCUUCACAGGCUGGUAGGGUCACGUGGUCACGUGGAUCACAGAAGUCGAGCAAAUCCGUGAGGUCAACCAUAGCUUAUCGUUCUAUGUUCGAUGACGUUCCAGUAUUAAGUCAUCAAAGCCUAUUAGUUUUGGCUGGUGUACUUCCUCACCAAUACGCCACUACGCUAGGUGUCGCUUUACGAGUUCCAUACGAGGAUAUCCUUGACAUUAAAGCGCUGAACCAGCCGCAGGUUAUUACAAGCUUUGAAAUUCUUUGGAAGUGGAGAGGGAAAGUGGCAAGUGGCGAAAUGGUGGACGCACUGACGAAUGCCCUCCGAGAGGUCAAACAAAAGAGAUUUAUUGAUGUCAUAAUGAAGGCCAAUUUGGAGAAACGACCUUUGAAACACAGCGAUUUCUCUGCACGCCAUUACAACUGUGUGCAAUUUGCCGUUACGCCCUCUUGAUAUUUAAUGCUGCCUGAAUACAUUAUCAUAUAUUUGUAUUUAAUUAGAUUUUAUUACACACACACAAUAUGUGGAAAAAGAUUGUAGUUUUCCUGAAUAUUGCUACUGAUCGUAGGAACAGGUACCAGUUUUCAUUAUCAUUGUAUUUGUAAAAUCCAAUUUGUACGCGUAUCACCUUCAAUCUUUUGAAAGUAAAAAUUAAACGUU